AUGGAUCCUGCCAAGCCCGUGGUGGCUGUCCUCUAUCAGGCUUUGCCGCCACCCAUGUAUGGUGGUGUAAGCAAGCCCCCUAAGCCGGGAGGCUAUCGUGAUUCAGGGGCCGAUAUCGCUUAUUCACUGAAAUGCGCUGGCACUACUGUUCUGACGCCAAAGGAGUCUCCAGAUCCCGCAGAUCAGAAUCAGUGGUGCUUUCCAGAUAUCGAAGAGGGAAUCCUCACUGCAAUCCAGAGAGGCGCAACGCAUCUCUGGGCAAACACGGUGCUCUUUGCGGAACAUCCAUUGCAGACGUCCUCGCUAUUGACCCCCUUGGAGUCUAGCGUGAGAGUUAUUGGUCAACCACCUCUUUGUGCAGAUAGGUUCGACGAUAAGUCAUUUACAAAUGAUCUUCUGCGUCUGCGCGGCGGACUCACCUUGCCCAGAUCGUGGACCGUAGACGAUCCACGGGUAGCACCGGAGAAUGACACUCGUGGGCUCGCACAAGCGCAACAGCAGGUCCAGGAAACUCUUGCGAAUGUCUUAUCCUUGAUAAAGGACGACGACUAUCCCAUUGUUGCGAAACCUAUCCGCGGACGGGGCAGCCACGGCGUGAAGAUCUGUGAAAACGCACCAGAGCUAGCAGAGCAUGUGGCACGGCUCUUCGAUGAAUCUCCCCGUGUCCUGCUGGAGGAGUUUCUGAUGGGGGAAGAAGGGACUAUCACGAUCAUGCCACCUUCUCAACAAUCAACCCCAGGCUUCGAGGAUUCGACUCGGCAUGCCGGUCAUUGGGCUUUGCCGCCUGUGACCCGCUUCAACCAUGUUGAUGGCGUUGCGCCUUACAGUGGUAAGGUCGCAGUGACAGUAAAUUCACGCGCGGUGACUGUGGCAGAGAUGGAGGCGGAUCCUGCGUAUGCAGAAAUCAUGAAAGAGUGUGAGGUUGUUGCGGGGUUAUUGGGGACGACUGCGCCAUUGCGCAUCGAUAUUCGACGGUUCAGACCAGGGUCGAAAUUCGCAUUGUUUGAUAUUAAUAUGAAGCCGAAUAUUACGGGGCCUGGACGACCUGGUCGCGAUGAUCAGACAAGUCUUAUGGGUCUUGCAGCUGAGAGUAUGGGAAUGAACUAUCCUACUUUCCUGCAGUAUGUGCUUGGAUCGGCGCAGAAACUUGGGCAGCUUCGCCAUUACAGCAGUACCCUUGCCAGUUCAGUUGAACAGAACUAA